GUCAAAGUGGAGCUACGGCAAGCCGUUUGGUCCUUAAAGGCUGUGACUGAUCAUUGUUGCCAGCCAACUACGAAAACAACAUAACUGUCUGUGGUGUCAGGCGAGGAUGCAAAAUAUUUUCAGAAUGAGGAGCAGCAGGUGUAGUGAACAGUGGGGGGCACUGCUCCUCCUCCUGUCCUGCUAUCUGCUGUGUGUCCACUCUCAGGUGGAUCCACAGCAGCCCCCACCAGCGGGAGUAGAGAGUGGAGCUCAUAUAACUGGUCACGGUCGCCUGGACAAAAAUAUGGUCCAGGACAAAGACCACAUCAUGGAGCAUUUAGAGGGAGUGAUAGACAAACCAGAGACAGACAUGUCACCUCAGGAGCUUCAGCUGCACUAUUUCAAGAUGCACGAUUAUGAUGGCAACAACCUGCUGGAUGGGCUGGAGCUCGCAACAGCUAUCACACAUGUACACAGAGAAGAGAGAGGAGAGAACAGCGCACCAAUGAAAGAGGAGGACCUUAUAAUUCUUAUUGACGAUGUUCUGAAGGAUGAUGACAAAAACAAUGACGGGUAUAUAGAUUAUGCAGAGUUUGCCAAAUCAUUAGAGUAAGAUGUCAGUGGAGCGCUGGCAUUCUUCAUGUCCACAACAACAACAACAACAACAACAACAACAAGGAAUCUGCAGAGAAGAGAAGAGAAGCCACCAAGCUGUCUAGAAACCAUCGUCUAAGCGUUGUUGGCGAUCAGUCAGGGUUAUUGGUGAUUAAUGUCCAAGUUCUGGAAAUUUUUGUACUUAAUAAGCUUGUGACACAUCGUUUUUUUUAAAGUGAUGUCCAAGCUGGUAGCAGCAAAAGUGAUUAUACCAGUAAUUUAAUAAGCAACACAAAAGGAGGAUGAGAAAAGGGUCUUUUUAGUUGGACUCUGGUGUAUGCUUGUGCUGCAGUGACACAUCUGCACCUUCUGUUUUUGUAGGUUCCUUGAAAGCAUGCCUUUUUUUAAAGGGUCAGUUCACUCAAUAUCACUGACAAACACCAUUACCUAACCCCUCAUGAUAUCUUACCAUGCAUGUAUACUGUUAAUUCAGUUUGGUGAGGUUUCAGUGAUCUCUGAGAUCACUUUUCCCAAAAUGCGUACAGAGUAAAAGCCCAAUACCUUCACUUGGAACUAAUACAACUAUCAAUACAAACUCCUCAGAGUCCCCUGGACAUUACUCUGUGUCAUUUUUAGACGUGUUGGAAGACCGUGGCAAAUAAAACCCAGACUAUCUUCAACUUCUAAUUUUGGAAGGUUUUGGGUGAAUUGGCCCUUUAUACGUACAGUCUAAACACUCUAAUAGUGUGUGUGCUUCUUUUGACGGUGCUAUACUUAAUUCACUGUGGUAGCGCAAUAGCAUCUAAACAGAAUGUCAUCACUUUUUUGGACCCCAGUUUCCAUUUAAAACUGGUUUCACUCUGUACAGUGUGCAUACUGGACCCAAGCAGACACACACUCAUUUACAUGAACACACUGUGGUUGUGUGACACUCAAUGUUGUGGACCAAAUGAUUCCUUCUGUGUAUCCAUUUCAUUCGUUGUCUGUGAUGAGGAUGGGACAAACGGGUCGUUCUCAUGACAUUAGAAAGUGGCCUUGACUUAAUCAGAUGUACAGUAGCCUGAUGUAGUGUGUGUGUGUGUGUGUGUGUGUGUGUGUGUGUGUGUGUGUGUGUGUGUGUGUGUGUGUGUGUGUGUGUGUCGAGAGGAGAGAACCAUGCUGAACUGAUGAGGUCGCAGGUAGAGCACUAUAUUGUAUGUUGCCUGCAGAGUCUCCAUUCAGCAGUGGUUCAUCAGCCCAACAUGUCUCUUCCUGGGGUUGCAUUUGCUGUUAUUUUCAUAAAGAUAUGACAUGAGCCAAUCACCAUCAUCGUCACUGUGCAGUCUGUGAGCCAGCUGAUACUUGACAUAAAUCUAACGUCAUAGAAUGAAUGAAUGUAUGUAUGUAUCACAGCGCUGUGCUGCUGAUUCUUUAUCACUGGAUAAUCUCGACUCAAAGCACACUGGUUGAUGCUGCUGCCACUGCAGUUGUUAAAAUGCUUCACAGGUUUCCAGUCAAAGUGUUAGGAAGCAUCAAACUCAACAUGUUUUUGCUUCAAAUCAUUAGCUGCCUUUCAAACAGAUACGAAUCAAAUGUCAUGGCUGAGUGUGUGAGUGUCUCAACAUUUGUUGAAUCCAUCUUUGAUUGUUUCUAAAGUGUGGAUGAAUUCUAUAUUUCUGCCGUUCAGUAUUGAUUCUUCAAUCAGUUCAGGUUGUUAAUUAUAUUUUAAAAAAAACAAACAAACUGAAAGCAUAACAGAUGCAACUGUGUUGUCUCUGGAAUGUGAAAUAAUAAAAACUGUAAUCUACAGGC